AUGACCCAUCCGCCCCUGGAAGUAUAUAAAGGUCCUGGAAGAGGGAAGGAUAUCCAGACUUCAGAAAUACCCUCCUACACUUCUACUGAAACCUCACCUCCCAACACCAUGUGUGGUAACUACUACGGAAACUCCUGUGGUGGCUAUGGCUCCCGCUGUGGCUCUGGUUCUGGCUGUGGAUAUGGCUCCCGCUAUGGCUGUGGCUCCGGCUGUGGCUAUGGCUCCGGCUGUGGCUAUGCCACCGGCUGUGGCUAUGGUUCCCGCUGUGGAUAUGGCUCCUACUGUGGCUAUGGCUCCGGCUGUGAAUAUGGCUCCGGCUGUGGAUAUGGCUCCCGCUGUGGCUAUGGCUCCGGCUGUGGCUAUGGCUCCAGCUGUGGAUAUGGCUCCCGCUAUGGCUGUGGCUAUGGAUCUAAAUGUGGAUAUGGCAGUGGCUCUGGAUCCUGUGGCUGCUAA